AUGACUGAUUCCGCAGACCAAAUUGACGCGGAGCAUGGCGUGGAGUGGCCAUUGCUACCGGUCAAUCAGCCUUGCAAACUAGACUCUAUUUCAGUGAGCAGCGUUUGCAGGGAUAUUUCGGAUCUCAUCGUUGCGCACAUCAGUUCUGAUGAUGAGGCCCCCAUUAACACUCAAGAUGUUCAUACUAUCUCCCAGGCUCUUAAAGAUAUCAUACAUGGCAACUAUAUGAGUGGUGCUGUAUUCUAUGCUCUUUUGGCAAGCAGAAUACACUUCGCUAGUGAGGCAAAACGCGGCCCUGCUCUUGCUCAGUUAUUGCAACUCAGGGCCGAAGUAUGCCAGGAAAUAGCCUCCCAGUUGCUGGAAGAUAUACCACAUGAUGAAGCCGCUCAGUAUAUUGUGUUUGCGUUCUACCCUUUUGCAGACGGGGUAGACGAUGAGACGCAGUCUGUACCGUAUUGGCUACGUGUGUCGGCACUAGAACUCGCAAUUCAUGGAGAGGCAAAAAGAUUUCUCGCUCAUCCAGUUAUGGUAUCAAUCGUGGAUGAACUUUGGAGUGGGACACUGGUAUUCGAUCCGUUUAUCUAUAAGGCUCAUCGCAUCCGAGUUCGCACCAGGCGCCAGCUGAGCGCAAUCUUGUAUGCCCGCAAAGGUAUUCUUGGUCGUUACAGUCCCGAGCAUAUAUCCAUUUUCAAACCAUCAAGAUUGAGAGUACCUUGCUACCGUCAUUAUUUAAAAAUUGGAUCUGUGUUGGUGCUUGUCGCCUUGUAUUUGAAGCUCAUCUUUAACUGGCGUUCAGAACCAUCGUUCAACGAGGCUGUGUUUUCAUUAUGGGCUGUUGGCUUUGUUUUAGAUGAAUUCACCAAUAUCAAAUACAUUGGUUGGAGGUUGUACUCUCUGUCCCUUUGGGGUUGGUGUGACUUGUGUACAACAGCCGCAAUUUUAUGUUACUGGGUGUUCAGAUUUCUAGCCCUGCAUCUCGUUAACAACGCCACGGCUAUUGACACACUCAAUAAGUGGGCGCUCAAUGUUUUAAUUCUGGCUGCAAUAGUGCUUAUUCCAAGGGCCUCUAGUAUUCUUGAAGCCAACAAAAGCUUUGCCAGGCUAGCAAUCUCCAUGAGGAAACUUAGCAUUGACCUGAUAUACUGCGUUGUCGCAGUUGUAAUAUUUUCCAUUGGUUUUUCUGCUUCUCUCACCGCAUUUGCAAAGGGUGUUUUUCAACCCUCCGAAGUUGUUUUUUCACAACUCCAGAUUUUUUUCGGCUUUACACCUGCUGUAUGGCUGAACUGGGAAAAAUAUUCUUUCCCAGGGGCUUUGACGUUGUUCCUUUAUCUAUUUCUUGCACAAUUUGUGGUCAGCACUAUGGUCUCUGCUGCAUUGAACUCAAGAUAUCGUGAUAUAUCCGAGCACUCUCUUGAAGAGUAUCACUACCAUUGUGCUGUUCGCGUUCAAUCAAAGAUCAAGAGCGAACAUUCUAGUCUCUUUUUUUUUGCGGAACCGUUUAACACAAUCAACUGGCUCCUCUUCCCUAUCCAGUAUUUUAUUCCUAUUCAACGUUAUCUGGGGUUCACAAGGUUCAUAUUAAAGCUCACGCAUAUGCCUGUCUUCUUGUGUAUCUAUCUUUAUGAAGGAACACUUGUAAGAUUUCGAACACAUAAACAAAAGCAAGCAGAUGAGCAGCAUGAACGGCUCCAGAAUUAUUUAAAUCAGCGGGUGGGCAACAGGGCGCCCAAACCUCAUAUCCAGCGCAAAAGACGUGGUGCACAUGUUGACGUGGAGAGAUCAAUGGCACCAAGGGCCUCGAAGUUCGAUCUGGUUGAAGAAGUCCUGAGUAGUAAUGUUGAACCUGUUUCUGGUUCGAGUGUUCCUGCUUCGAGGCUGGACGUUGGGCCGAGCCCAAGUUUUGCCGUUAGAGAGCCUACUCUACGUCGUCAAUAUAACCCAAGAAAAAAUUCAGUGUUUUCACUUUCCAGAGAAUCUGAUUUGGAUACACUUCGUCUGCAGCUUCAACGGCGAAGGUUUUCGAUACCGUUCGAGCUGGACAUCGGGUCUACAGGCGAUUAUAGUGAAGCUAAUGAGUUUCUUGAUGACCUUAAGAGGCAAAACAAAAGGAUAGAGGUACUUCUUGGUUUGAUAUGUGCCAAAUUGGAUAUCGACGAAAGUCAGUACAGAUUUUGA